UUAAAGAAUGGGACUCAGAAGAUGCAUGCACGUCAUCACCCAUGUUUUGCCGCUCUGGGCGUUGGCUAUUUGCGUUCUCAUGGUGGUGAUGGUCGCAGCACAGACAACCAGUCUAGACAUAGCCAAAGAAGAACGGCGACUACAAGAGUUGGAAUCCAAUUCGGGAGCGGAGACGGAUCCGUUGAACGGCAAUUUAGCUAGAACAACAUUGUACCGUUUUGGGGAGAGGCAAUUAAAUCUCCUGAUGCAUAAUGAUGACGAUCAGGCAAAAGCUAAGAGUUAUGACUACUGCAGUCCCAUGAGACUUAGCAAAAGAGGAGGCGACGAUCAAUUUGAUGACUACGGCCACAUGCGCUUUGGCAGGUAAACCCAUAGCAACAAUUUGACAGAGAAUAGAUAUUAUUAAUAGUUAUGAUUGUGUAAACUGUAAUAUUAUAUAUUGAAAAAACAUUCAAGUAAUAAAUUUUCGCAUUCCAAAAAUA